AAAUCAUGAACUGUCGAAAGAGUGACAACAACAUUCAGCCUCUCGUAUUCAGACUGCGUGGUCGAUGAAAGACGAACUUCAAAAUCAUGAAACUGUUUAUCUGCCUACUGAAAGAUGUCACACACAAAAUCGAGUAUUAUUCGAGGUUUUCGCCCUCGCCGAUGUCAAUCAAGCAGUUUCUGGAUUUCGGCAGGGAAAACGCAUGUGAAAAAACCUCCUACAUGUUUCUGCGGAAAGAACUGGCGGUGAGGUUGGCCAAUACGAUGAGGGAAGUCACCUUGUUGCCCGACAGUCUCCAGAUCCAGCCGUCUGUCAAACUGGUGGAGUCCUGGUACAGCCAGAGCUUUGAAGAGCUGUUAAAGUUUGAGAAAAGAAGUCCAGAGGAUCCUCACACACUUAAUGACUUCUUAGAGAUGUUGAUUAAGAUUCGUAACAGGCACAAUGACGUGGUGCCCACUAUGGCUCAGGGCGUCAUUGAAUACAAAGAGAAGUUUGGAUUUGACCCCUUCAUCAGCAGCAACGUGCAGUACUUUCUAGACCGCUUCUACACCAACCGCAUUUCUUUCCGCAUGCUCAUCAACCAGCACAGUGAGACGCCGCGCAAUCAUGUGAUGUGAUGGUGAAUGUAAAGUAGGGGAUAAACACAUUUUGACUUCCUUUGUUUGCGUUCAGGGUAUCAAUCUUUCAUAAAUCAGUUUUACAUUUGUCUAGUACAAGGGUUUCAAUUUACAGCGUAUACUUAUUUUUUCAUUAUUUAAAAUGUAAUGUAAAAUGUAAAAGCAUGCUCCAUUGGCAAAGCACAUUUUAACAUCUGAGUGGCACAUUGUAACAUGACCAUAGUACAGUUUUAAAUCGAUCAGUUUUAUCAAAUGAAAAAAAGUUUUAAGGAUUUAAAAACAACUAUUUUGUGAUGAACACACUACACUAUGGUCGUAGCACACAGAUGUGGCCAUGGAUUCAGUUAGCAAAGCAUUAAAGAACUGUCUAAACUGCUAAAUAACAUACUGGAGAUUAAAAUAAUAAUUUAAUAGUUUGUCUCAUUUUAAAGGUGCCACAGAAUGCAUUGAUGCAAUUAUGUUAAAUUGUUCUUUGAUUUCUUAAUGGAAUGUUUGUGGCUGAGGAAAUUGCAAAAAAAAAAAAAAA